AUGCUCAACGCCCAGAACCACCAACAAGGCCCAGGCCGCACUUCCCCCAUGCCCCCCGUCCCCCAAGUCGCACAGCCCAACAUCGGCCAGCCCGGCUCCGUCCGCCCCAUCCCAUCCUCCUCCUCCCCCUCCGACCCUUCCUCCGCUCUCGCCCAAUCCCAGUCGUCCGACAAAGGCCCCGACUAUGUCUAUUUCGAACGCAAGCCCACCCAGUUCAGCGAGUCUGUGCAAGGCAAAGCGAUGGGCGCGAAGAUGAAAUUGGAGCUGUUUUACAAGGAAGCGGUGGAAGGUGUGGUGGGUAGGAAGGAGAGGAGGACGGUGCUGGAGAAACAGUUGGCGAGUGAUGCGUUGACGCCGGAUUCGCUCAAGGCUAGGCAGCUUAUCAACCUGGGUCGACGGGAGAGCAACUACCUCCGCCUCCGCCGUACUCGUAUUGGCCUGGACGAUUUCCGUACAGUCAAAGUCAUCGGCAAGGGCGCUUUCGGUGAAGUCAGGCUCGUGCAAAAGGCCGACACCGGGCGUAUCUAUGCUAUGAAGACUUUGAAGAAGAAUGAAAUGUUUAAAAAGGACCAGCUUGCGCAUGUGAGAGCCGAAAGAGAUGUGUUGGCAGAGAGCAACUCGCCCUGGGUCGUGCAGCUCUACUACUCCUUCCAAGACACCCAGUUCCUCUACCUCGUCAUGGAAUUCCUCCCUGGUGGUGAUCUCAUGACCAUGUUGAUCAAGUAUGAUACGUUCUCGGAAGAUGUGACCAAGUUUUAUAUGGCCGAGUGUAUUUUGGCUAUUGAGGCUGUUCAUAACCUCGGCUUCAUCCACCGCGACAUCAAACCCGACAACAUCCUCAUCGACUCUCUCGGCCACAUCAAACUAUCCGACUUUGGUCUCUCCACCGGGUUCCACAAACAACACGAUUCCGCCUACUACCAGCGCCUCCUCGGGGGUGCUGAUGUUUCUGGCUCUUCCGGGAAUGGGGGAAACAGGCAGAGCCAGGUGCCGACGGGGGCGGGGGCGAGAAAUAGUGUUAUGGUGAAUGCUAUCAAUUUGACAAUGACGAGUAAGCAGGAUAUCGCUACUUGGAAGGCGAAUAGGAGGAAAUUGGCGUAUUCGACUGUGGGCACGCCAGACUAUAUUUCGCCAGAAAUCUUUUUGCAGCAGGGUUAUGGAAAGGAAUGCGAUUGGUGGUCUUUGGGCGCCAUCAUGUUUGAGUGUCUUGUCGGGUAUCCUCCAUUCUGUUCCGAAAACGCGCACGAUGUGUACAAAAAGAUUAUCGACUGGAAGAAUUAUCUCUAUUUCCCCGAUGACGUCCAUCUCUCGCGCGAAGCGGAAGACCUCAUUCGACGCAUGCUCUGCGAAUCCGACCGCCGCUACACGGUCGAACAGCUCAAAGCCCACCCCUUCUUCUACGGCGUCGACUGGGCGAGUAUCAGGGAUAUCGACGCGCCCUUUGUGCCUCACCUCAGGUCGAUUACGGAUACGUCCUACUUUCCGACGGACGAGCUGGACCAGGUGCCGGAGGCUGCUGCUGCGACAGGAGGGGAAGGAGGGGAUGCGAAGAAGGAUUUGGCGUUUUUGGGGUAUACCUUUAGGAGGUAUGAGAUGCUUUAG